AUGUCUUCGUCAAAUGGAGUAUCCAACGGUAACGGAGGACUGGAUACCAACGGGAAUGGAGGUGCAGUGAAUGGGACGGUGAAUGGAAAGGUGGAGCAGGCGGUGCAAGUUGGAGAUAUUCCUCAUAUAACCACCAACAUUAUCCCGCUAUCCAGCAUCCUCAAGUUCUACUCGCAGGAGUCGUAUAAACAGCUUACCAAUGUAAUAGAGAAUCUUUCAGCCAAUUCAAUCACCGAAUUGGAUUCCAAACGGAAGAGCCAACUUUUGCAGGUGCUCAUUUCGUUGAGGAAAGAUUUCAUCAAGAUUUACACGCUAGUGAAAUGGGCAUCGGUAUCAAAGGACGUAUCCAAACUAAUUGACUUAUUGAAUUGGUUCAGAAUUCAAGAUCUGUAUUUCGAAAACUUGGCAUAUGGGAUAAAUGAGCUAAAUAGGUACCUGGGUGCCAAAUUACCAAACCCCGAUUUGAUAACCGCUAUCGAGGUGUUAAUCCAAGGGAGACCUCAACUCCCACUGUACAAUAUAAUACCCCAAGAGAAGAUAAGCUCUAGCAAGGUAUUGAAGGUGUUGAAGUCUUUAAACUUGGUGUUGACCACCAGAAUGGCUCUUCACAGCGGCGAUGAUGAUAUACCGAAAAGACUUCUUUCCAAUUACGUGGUGGGUAACGGUAGAAUAUACUUCACCAUCCCGAACGAAUUCCAAGUGUCGAUUUCAGUGGCAAAUGACAAUAUAGUGUAUGAUCACCUGGAUAAGGAGGAGUAUUCAAAGUCACCGUUUUACUUUGUUGACUUUAAGUUUUUGUUUGGCAUAAACCCAGAGACCUUAUUGAUUACACAUGAUAACCUGGCCAGUAAUAACAAAGAUAUCUCUAGUGUUGACCUUCAAGGAGAAGAAAAUGGGGACGUGGGGACAGUCGCCACCAAAUUGCCUAUCAGUUCGUUCCAGAAAUUGGAGAAAAUUUCUAACCAAGUGCUCUUAAAUUCUGGGUUGAAAGGACUUUAUGAAUUAUUGCACAGGUAUUCCAUUUCGUUUAAAUUGUAUUUGAUAUCCAGGCAAUUACGAAACUUCGCUGUUAAUAGUAAAUGGAGAGGUAACAUCCAAUAUCAAUAUCAGAAGUCUUUGAUUGUCAUUAACUACUGGUCGAGCCAAUAUUUGUCCAGUAAAUGGAAGAGUUUUAUUGAAUUGGGCGUUGAUAAGGACUACAAUUUGAAUUUCAGGUGGUUCAAAAACGGUAAGUAUAUCGAAGAUCAUGGCAUUGUAGGCGUGUUCCAGAAGGACUAUACUCAACUGUUGGAAGGUGAGAUUAAUGAAAACAACUCCAAUUCACCAAAAGCAAUAAACAGCUCAUCGAGUUCAACACAAUAUCAGGAUUUAUCAGUUGAAAUGAUCUUAAAUCUUGUUGCAAAUAAGCAUUCCGAAGGAAUUAUCAACAGAAUUCAUCAAAAAUUGAACGAUGCCUUGGGAGGAGGAAGCUCGAAUGUGAAAGAUGUACUGAACGUAGCAAUAAAAAAGGAUAAUCUAGAACGAGAACGUAUAGAAUCACUUGCACCUGAAUCACCCUCAAAUGUGCCAGCAAAUGCACCUUGCACCUUAAUUACCCCACAUCAGCUUUUGAUUAAACUCACGAGAACAAAAAGUACAGUAUUUGCAAUAAAUCCACUAACUGGAUUUUUCUACUUUGUUGAUCCAUCUCCCAUUCAACAGCAGACGACGCGUCUCAUCAAUUCCCCUCCACCAUCUAGGAACAAUAGUGUAAAUAAAUUUAUAUCUGAAAGGGAAAUGAUCGACUACAUAAUCAACCAACUUCUCCAAUUGAGACUUGAGACAUUCAAGAGAGAAAUUAACAAUAAGUUGAUCACUACAGAAUGGAUUGCUAAUGAUAUUAUUAAGCUCUCUGACUAUGAAAGUGGGAAGCUUUUCAAUUUCGUAUCCAACGAAAGGCAGAUUCAGCAUUCUCAGACUAAUAAGAUCCAAUAUUAUCGUAGAAAGAAUUGGCCAUCCUCUUGGUUUUUAUUGAACUUGAUUAGUGGGAUUAAUCUAAAGCUGUACUGGUGGGUUGCAAGAAUCAAAAGUAUCAAGGGAGAAUGGAAAAUUCAAUGGGUAGAGAUGAUCAAAGAUGACGUGGAUGAGGAGGGCUAUGAAGAAAGGGAGAGAAACAUCAGUUAUCAAUUUUGCCAUAAUCUUUCUACCAAAUGCUCCAAUAUGAUCAUUGAUCACAUUAUUCUUGAAGAAUUACAUUCUAGAAAGAUAAAAUACGUCAAAAUAUCUAAAAAGGAUUCUAUAUUAAAGAAGUUUGAUAUUAGAGAGCCUUCGCAUGUGAAAAAAGAGGGGCAAGAAGUGGUUUACGAAUCUAUGAUUGGGUUGUUCAAUGAGAAUUUAAUCCCAUUAUCCAACUCAUCUUCGAUUAUUAUAUUGAAAGUGGAAUUGGUGCACUCUUCUGCAAAUGGCUCACUAAUGAAGUUGAGCUUAUACGGGAAAUUAAGAAAUUUUAAAAUUAAGGAAGGGUUAACCGAUACAAUUAGGUUAGAGAAUGAUUUGUUUGAAGUAAAUGACGAAAUAGUCAUGAUUCAAGCUCUUGGUGCGCCUUCGAACAACCCUGUAAACGAAUCAUUCCUUGGCAAAUUAUUCCAACAUUUGUCUAAACUUGACAAUCUUAUCAAGAUCAUCAACCAACUUAACGAAUACUAUUCGUAUGAACAAAUCAAGACAAUUUCACUUAAUCAAGUUGAAUUUACCAUAGAUAAGGAGUUCGGAAACCUUACCAUCAACAUUGAGGACACCGGUAUUUCUCUCACCAUAGAUUCUAGUAACCAGUCCUUACAAUUAUUGGUGACUUAUCUUAAUAGAUAUCUAGCCAGUGGUACCACUAAACGAGAUGUCAUUACAGGUGUAAUUAAAUAUUUUCAAUUGUUCUUACGUCCAAUCAAGAUGCUUUCUACAAUGAAAUCCAAAUUUAUUGAAGAACAGAAAUUGAAACCUAAACUCAACAAUGGAAUCAACAAGGUUAACUUUGAAUUUCUGCUCAGGUCGUUUGAUUCUUGUAGAAUCAACAUGACAGUUAAUUCCUUUCAACCACAAUCAAAGAAAAUGAAUAGAGAUAAAAUCAGCUUCGACCUUUCUCUCAGAACGAACAAGUUCUUCAAAGGUGGUAAUGAAAUUUUGUAUUUGAUUUCCUAUAAGAGCAACUUUUCAAAUCCAUCCAGUGUAAAAUAUAAGAGGUUGUUUGAGCUGAUCCACAAUGGAAUAAACGAGUUGAGAGCCAAGGAGAAACUAAUUAAAUUAAACCAUGAUAUAAUGUUCACCGAUGCUGCAAGUUUGGAAAAGGUUUUGGAUACUUUGAGAGAGUGUAGUCUCAGUGCAUUGAACGAAGCGUAG